UCCGCUUCCUGAGUGUGACGUCAUCACGCAUGCUCCAUUACGCAGCUAGUCUUGGCAAACUGCUAACGCUGUCACUACUGUUUCCUCUUGACUUGUGCAGGAGUUAGAUGUGAAGGCCACCAUGGUGUUGAACCCAGUCAUUUCUAAGCUUGCUGGUAAACUGGUUGUGCUGGCCAGUGCCUCCCCUAGAAGACUGGAAAUACUUCGCAAUGUGGGUUUGCGCUUUGAGGUUGUACCAUCAUGGUUUAAAGAAACCCUUGAUAAAGGACUUUUCAAAGCACCUCAUGAGUAUGCUGUUGAGACGGCCAAGCAGAAGGCCCUGGAAGUGGCCAGGAGGAUGCCAUUUAAACACCUAAAGACUCCAGACAUAGUAAUUGGAGCAGACACAAUUGUGACUGUAGAUGGCAUGAUUUUGGAGAAGCCGGUGGACAAACGUGAUGCGUACAGGAUGCUGUCGAGGCUGAGUGGUAAAGAGCACAGCGUCUUCACUGGUGUUGCUAUUGUCCUCUGCCAUGAGAAAGAAAAUGAAGAAGUGGAUUACCAGUUGAUAGACUUCUAUGAAGAAACAAAGGUGAAGUUUGCUGAUCUGUCUGAAGAUAUGCUGUGGGAGUACAUCAAUAGUGGUGAACCCAUGGACAAGGCUGGCGGCUAUGGUAUUCAAGCUCUGGGUGGCAUGUUGGUAGAGUACGUUCAUGGAGACUUCCUCAAUGUGGUUGGUUUUCCCCUCAACCACUUCUGCAAACAACUUGAUGUUAUUUACAACAACAUCUCAUCUGUUUCCGGCGAAAAGAGUGAGUGUGUAGAUCAGAUCCACAAUGGCAGUCAUGGCACCUCAGUACUCGCCCCGCCGCCACACACCUCACAGUCCAGCUACAGCUGUGAGGCCGAACACAGCUCCUCAUCCAUUCCCAGACCAAAUAACCCUUCAGCCAGUCAAACACACCACAGCCAGCACAGCCCUUCAGACAGUCCAGCCCAUAAGGUAAAAAGAAAAGGUAAUGAAAGUGAAUUAGGUGAAAGUUCCUGGACGUUGGUCAACAGCUUGUCUAAACACGAUGACAAAGAGGCCAAUCUCCAUGACUCUGAGAGUGUAACAUCACCACUGAUAAGAAGUACAGGACAGGUGACUGAGCUCAAUGUGGGAGUGCAUGAAGACGAUGAACCUCGGAAAGAAGACGUGAAGCGAAUCUGUGAAUUGAUUGAUGGGUUCAAAGCCUCAAAGGCACUUUUUACAGCAUCCAAGCUGUGUGUGUUUGACCUGCUGCACAGCAAGUCUGGGCUGGAUGCAGCACAGGUGGCCCAGCAGAUCAAAGCUUCUGUUAAGGGGACUGAAUGCUUGUUGGAGGCUUGUGUGUCUCUGGGACUGCUGAAGACCAAAGAGAGAGCAUGUUCAAGGCCCGUGUACGAGAACACAGAUCUGUCCACACGUUUGUUGAGGUCAGAUGCUCCAUUUUCGCUGCAUGGAUACAUUCAGCACUGCAAUGACACACUGUGGCCCCUUUUCUCUCACACCGAGAGCGCAGUGCAGGAGGGAACCAGCCAACGCGAGAAGGCCAAGAAAUUCAAAGAUAUCUGUCAGGAUACUGUCUGUGACAGUCAAGAAGUCAAUCUGAGAUUCAUGAAAGCCAUGCACAGCUUUGCUAGAGUCACAGCAAAAGCUGUGGCAACAGCCUUUGACCUCUCUAGUUAUAAAAUAGCCUGUGACCUUGGUGGAUGCACUGGUGCCAUGGCGUAUGAGUUUACUAAAGCUCAUUCUGGACUGUCAGUAACAGUGUUUGACUUGCCUGCUGUUGUGGAGCUCAGUGAAUAUUUUCAUCUGCGGCAAGCAGACCACAGGGUGUCGUUUGUGGCAGGAGACUUUUUGAAAGACACAUUACCCAAAGCAGACUUAUACAUCCUCGCAAGAAUUCUUCAUGAUUUGACUGAUGAGAAACUGCAUAUUCUGCUGAGUAAAAUUGCAAGUGCAUGCACACCAGGCUGCGGUCUCCUGCUGAGUGAGAUCUUUCUGGACGAAGACAGAAACGGUCCGAGUCGUGGGCUCCUGCAGGCCCUCAGCAUGAGCGAGGGGAAACAGAGAAGUGCAACAGAGUACAUUCAGCUUUUGAAGAGCCACGGUUUCAUUACAGCACAUGUCAGACACACAAACAACCUCCUGGAUGCAAUGCUCUGCAUCAAAGCAUGACUGAUAACAUCAUUAACCACGAUACAUAGAAGGUCUUGUAAUAUACUUUAUACUGUAUGUUGUAGGCAAAGCUGACUAAGAUGAAAGACUGAGAAAAACAACACUUUUAUAUGUACUUCUGUAAAACAGCACAAACUCUCAAAAGUAUAAUUGCUUUUGCAUUAACUUUUUUGUUAAUGUUAAAACACGUUUUAGCUUAAAAAAUUCAUAGUUGAAUCAUAAAAUCUGCUUUAUUGUAAAGAUUAUGUCCAUUGAACACUAAUCUGCUCUAUAACCCUGAAUAAUAUGAACAAACUACACCGACACGUCCUUCAGUGAUGUUUUUAUAGUUCCAUUAAAAUAACACAUCUUGAUUAAGUUUGCUAAUCUGCAUUGUUUUUAUUCAUUUUAAUGUUUUAUUAGGGUUUUGUUCAGUUUAAUUGACUCUGUGAAGAAAUAAGUACAAAAUUUUGUGGCAUGAAUUUAAAAGAAAGAGAAAAAUAAUGACCAAAAUCUUCUUCCAAUAAGCCUUACGAUGGACUGGCAACCUGUGCACGGCCUCUCGCAGUCACUGGGACAGUCCAUUAUAAAAAUGAUCACUGCCAUUUUACAUGUUAAGUUUGAUGAUGUGCCAGUCUUUCAAAUCUAAUUUUUUUUUUUUAUUGUGUAUUUUGGAUUAUUUUCAGUUUCUUUCACAGGAGAGAUUUUGUCCAAUGAUCACUUAAAUCAAGAGGCAAAUGUGUUCGCAUCGGCAAUCAGUUAACAUUAUUUUAAAAUAUGGAUUUUACUGAAAUCAACAAAAAUCCAAUGUUGUGCAACUCAAGAAUUAACUGACAGGAAAGCUGCUAUAGAUGCGUAAAAGCUCUAAAGUUUUUUUUUUUCUUUUUACUGAAUAGUUUUUAAAUCACAAAUGGUCUGUCUGGUUUGCCAUUUGUAGUGUAAUUAAAACAGUAGUAAAAAAAAAAAAAAAAAAAUAUUUCCUCAAGCACCGUACUGAAGCAGUUUUGAGCUGCUUUUAUGUGAGUACUCCGACA